AGGGGAUUUCUUGCGAAUUCCUGUAGUAACUGCCGUAUAUAUUAUAUAUGGAAAGGUAUGGCUACUGUAUCUUGAAGCCAAGUUACAAUAUUUUAGAAGUUGGAAGACUAAGCUUCGAGCAAUUAGAUCCUAAAAAGUUUCCAAUUUCAAAACCACCAAGCUGACAUUAAUUUACUGAGCUGACGGGCCCCCUCCUGAUCGCCAUCCUUCUCACAACACACAACAAUCCCAAAUGAGCCUCGAUAUCGUCUCCGCGAUCUCCUGGAAGACUGUGACCUCUCUGAUAUUUGCCAUUGGCCUCGGCGCGUUCAUAAUGGGUUGGCUUAGCCGCAAGAACCACUUUGAUGUGGCUGGGAAGACAGUGCUCUUGACCGGAGCAUCACAAGGAAUGGGUCUCUCGGUGGCGAAAAUUCUCUCGGGGAAAGGUGCCAACGUGGUUAUCGUCGCCCGCAACGUUGGCAAGCUGGAAGCAGCAUUGAGUGAAAUCAAAGCUUCUGCAGCCUCUGCGACCCAGACCUUCCACUACAUAUCUGCCGAUCUUACAGACGCCUCUGAAGCGUCCCGCAUCGUCACUGAUGUGAUGGCUUGGAACAGUGGUGUCUCGCCCGACGUUGUAUGGUGCAUGGCUGGCAGCUCGGAACCUCAGCUAUUCCUAGAUGCGCCCAGCAAGGUGCUCAGGAACCAGAUGGAUAUCAACUACUGGGCAAGUGCAGAAAUGGCGCAGGCAAUACUGAAGGAGUGGCUGGCACCAGGUGAAGCGAGGAGCGAGAGACAAAGACAUUUCAUAUUUACGGCCACAACUCUCGCGUUCUACCCCAUUGUGGGAUACUCGGCAUAUUCUCCAUGCAAAGCUGCGAUGCGCUCGUUAAGUGAUACGCUAUCUCAGGAGAUUCUGCUUUACAGCGACUCAGUUAAAGUUCACACCGUAUUCCCGGGAUCGAUCGACACGCCAGGCUUUGCUCAUGAGAACAUUGGGAAGCCGGCAAUUACCAAGAUUCUCGAAGAACCAGACCCAUUGCAGUCUCCGGAUGCGGUGGCCGCAGCUGCUAUUUCAGGGCUGGAGAGCGGAGAGUACCUGAUCACGACGAACUUACUUGGGUCCAUAAUGAGAGCUUCGGCAUGGGGCAGCUCAGUGAGAAAUAACUGGGUCAUAGAUAACAUACUCGUUUGUAUCGUGGCCUUGGUGUCUUAUUUCAUAUCUGCAGAUAUUAACGGGAAAGUGCGGAAGUAUGGAAAGACGAACGGGCAUCCGAGCACUUUCAAGGGCUAAUUACCAACAAACAACCCUCUUAAGAGAUAAUAAUGUAUUGUAUUGCCUAUCUGCUUUUAUUCUAUCUCUAAUCUCGUGGUACUGUUAUUGAAGUGUCUUAAUUGCCCCUAUUCGGUGGAGGUGGAAUUUUACCGCCCGGCUCAGAUGCUCGCAUGC